UUGGAGUGUCUCUAAUUUCAGUUUUCUAUUAAACUCGGUUUGAUUUUCGAUUAUUUAUGAAAGGUAUAAUCUGAAUGAUACUCUUAUAUGUAAUAAAUUUUUCGUUUUCUUAUAGUAGGAUUAAAAUACCAUUGCAAAAUGCAUCCAUGUUUCAAUUAUUGUUCUUUUACUAAUUAAUAAAAGGAGCAUGAAACAAUAACCCACAGGAAUGUGCCGCUGCACUUUCGGCGACAUCCAGAUCGGGACGGUAAGGACCGGGAGAGAAAUCGCCGGACAAGCGGAGUGGAAAGUGACUGUAAUCAACACGUGCAAGUGUCUUCAGAAGCACGUGACUCUGUCUUGCGGAGGGUUUGCUCCUGUGAAGCGUGUCGAGCCAUGGCUACUGCUCCCACAGGGAAACACGUGUCUUCUGAUCAAAGGAGAGGCUUUGCCAGCUGGCGCCUCUGCUGAGUUCAGUUACGCCGGCGAGCCUUACAUCUUCAGACCCAUAGGUUCGACCGUCGAUCCAAGCUGCAAGAAUUUGCUGUUAUAAAGCUUCUAGAUACAUUCUUCUAUCCAAAAAAAAAAACCUCAAAAAUCAGACUAUCUGGUUUCUUGUGUUUCAAGUAAACAGAAGUUUUCUUAUUGUCCAAGAAACUGAGUUAUGAUUCCUUUUGUGAAACAUGAGUUCCAGACAUUAAUGUUACAAGAUUAAGCAUCCAGAGAGGAAUAAUGAAUCUAAGAAGGACAA